AUGGCCUCCCAAUCGGUGUCCAAGCGCUUCCAGAAGAUCCUGGACCCGACCAAGAUCGGGACCUGGAACAUCGUCCGUCGUCCGCCUGUCGAGAACCACACCGUGAUCCAGGAUAAGCCGCGAGAACAGAAUUCAAAUGCUUUCAAAACACAUCAGUUCAAGGAAGGAGUCCGGUUACGGAAGGCCAUCAACGCCCUGACCCAUGGCAAGAACAUCUUUGCCUAUCACAACAUCCGUACCAACCAGGUGGUUUAUUCUCUGACGCGGUAUCUGGAGAAAAACAAUGUCCUCCGCCAGCUAGUCUACCACGGCAAAAAGACCGUCCCGGCCACCCUCCGCAAAGAUAUGUGGGUUCCCUACUUCUCCGUGCACUUCAACGAUUCCAAAAUCGGUCUGCGCGCGUACCACCUGCUCCGCGAGUUCGCCAUGCAACGCCAGCUCUCCCCCCCUCGGGAGAUGAUCACCAUCAGCGAACGCUUUCUCGCUCAGAAGCGCCCGAAGGAUCCGCAAGAAGCCGAAAAGUUCGACGAGAAGUACGGCGACAAGGUUGGCUGGCUGAUGGAGAAGAAGGACCGUGCCCGCGCCCUGAUGGACCAGAAGGCCACCAGCGUGGCGGAUGUCUCGGCGGUGCUGGCCAUCCAGGAGGAGGAGCUGAAGAACGGCUUUGCCGACGGCAAACGGGGUUACUUGACCCGCACUGCCAGACGGCGUCGGCGGGAGGCUCGCCUCAAGGAGGCGGCCAAGGCCGCUGAGCAAGCCGAGCGGGUCGCCAACUUUGAGGAGACGCUGAGCAACCCCCAGGUCGAAUACAAGGUCCAGGAAAUUGAGGAUCCCACGGAUGCCAUCUUGAAGGAAAAUGGCGUCAAGGUCCUUUGGACUGAUAUUCAGGACGCUCGUUUCGCCGAAUCUUGGCCUGAGCGUGUCCGCCAUGGCGAGCUCGAGCUUUCUCGGGACCAUGUCAUGCCCGGCCAGAAGCCGAUCUAUGGUGUGGAGGUGCUGGCCGAUGAGCCCUUCAAGGAGAAGCAGGCCUAA